GCGGAAGUUUUGAUCCUGAAGGACUGAGCGCCUUCGAGCUGCUGGACGUUUGUGCUUUUGACAUAUAAAUGGUCAGGAUGACUCCGAAACGUUACCUGGAGGGACAGGUGUACUCUGUCCCGCUCAUCCAGCCGGAUCUGAGGAGAGAAGAGGCUGUGCAUCAGAUCACUGGUGCGUUACAGUACCUGGAAAUUAUAUCAACAGACAUCUUUUCUAGGGUGUCUCAGAGCGUGGAGAAGAACCGUGUACACCUUCAGACCGUCACAGACCGGAUCAAACUGGCUCAGGCCAGAGUCCAGAAGAUCAAAGGAAGCAAGAAAGCCACAAAGGUGUUCUCCAGUGCCAAAUACCCCGCUCCAGAAAAACUGCAGGAUUAUUCGUCCAUCUUUACGGGUGCAGUAGAUCCCGCUUCACAAAAGCGUCCUCGCAUUAAAGUUCAGAGCAAGCUCCGCCCACUGGAUGACAAGGCCCCACAGGAGAAGUUGAUGUAUUUGCCAGUAUGCGUCAACACUAAGAAGCGCUCUGAGGAUAAGACGGAGGAGGGUUUGGGAAGUCUGCCGAGAAAUGUCAACUCAGUCAGCUCCUUAUUGCUGUUCAACACAACAGAGAACCUCUAUAAGAAAUAUGUGUUUCUUGACCCUCUGGCGGGUGCCGUGACUAAAACACACACCACGUUAGAGAGUGAAAAGGAAGAUAAACCGUUUGAUGCGCCGCUGUCGAUCACCAAGAGAGAGCAGCUAGAGAGACAGACCGCAGAGAAUUAUUUCUAUGUGCCAGACCUGGGGCAAGUGCCUGAGAUCGAUGUGCCAUCUUACCUGCCUGACUUACCUGGCAUCGCUGAUGACCUCAUGUACAGCGCUGACCUCGGCCCAGGGUUUGCACCAUCCGUUCCUGCCAGCAGCAGCAUCCCUGAACUGCCUUCGUUUGGCACAGAGCACGAUGAAUCUAGUGGAUCUGGUCCGCCCCCACCUCCACCAAUCACAGCAGACAGCACUGAUGUCGCAUCAAGUCAAGCCCCUCCCACAGUUGGGGCAGCAGUGAGCGGUGGAGACCUGAUGUCUGACCUCUUCAAUAAAUUGGCCAUGCGCAGGAAAGGGAUCUCUGGCAAGGGCCCAGCGGGCAGAGACUCAUCUGAAGCACCUGCCAACUCCGGUGGCGCGUUCGCCAGGAUGUCAGAUGUGAUCCCGCCCCUUCCAGCGCCACAGCAACCGGCCGCAGACGAUGAAGGUGAUUGGGAGGCAUAACCAUGGCAACCCAGAGUUGAGUGCGAGAUUCGAGAGUUGAAAUCCUCAUAGACAGGGUCUGGAGAUAUUGUCUCUCCAAGGAGAGCUGUGGAGUGCUGAGUGAGACGUUUGCUCUUUUAUCAAAAGUGUAAGAGGAUGUGUUCUAUAUGUCAUUAAAACCUUUAUAGUCUGAAAGAUUAUAUUAUUAAAGUUAACGUGACAUCUAAAUUCACACUAUUUACAUUCUUCAUUCACAUCAGUGCAAAUUAUUU